GCUCCUCUCUGUCCCAAGAUGUCGGUGUUCCCCAUGUGUGUGCGGGCCAGCCGGGGCCUCUGGAGGCUCCGCAGCGGGGCGGCCGCCUCCUCCUCCUCCCCGGCUAAAGUGGACAUCUUUCGGACACUCUCCACAGAGAAGCCGGCAGUCGGACUAGCUCAGGCAAUCCUCCAGGAGAAGCUCCAGCAACAGCAGCAGAGCCAGGGUCAGCCUCCUCCUGAGUCGGGGGAAGGAGAGAAGGAUGGAGGGGAGCAUUCGGGGGAGAACAGGAAGCAGAAGGAGAACACAGCGUACGCUAAGAAGAUGGUGCUGCGGCUGGCGGGGCUGAUGGGAGUCGGAGGGGCGGUCAGCCUCAUCUACGUGUUCGGCACUAACUCAGUAGACGAGCAAGGAAACCAGAUUGCAGAUGAGUUCGACAGAGCGAUGUGA